UAAAUUCUUUGUUUGCGGAGCAAAGGGACACUUUUUUCUGCCAGAUUCUCUCGUUUCGUGCAAAAACGCGUCGAAUAAACUUAAUUUCAUCAAAGUUGAUAGGGAAGAAAUAAACAUUUUCCAAUACCGAAAAAUUCAUAAUAAUUUGGAGCUCCGUAAUUUUCCUUUGAUCACACGAGUGGCGCCAAUUACAUCGUAUCCCGUGUUUCAUAUCAUGGUUCGAUAUUAAUUCAUGCUCGAUCAUAACCUAAAACUCCAGCCAGCUGCGUAUAUAUUUUGGUUAAGACGAUGUACGUGUUAAUGCAAAUAAUUUAACGUGACACAGUAGUGCUGUGACAGUAAUUGAAGAACUUCGUAAUAUCACCCAACGAAUUCCGUACAAAAAAUGGGUGUCCCAGCAUUUUUUCGCUGGCUAAGCCGCAAAUAUCCUUCCGUGAUUGUCGAGUGUAUCGAGCAAAAGCCAAUAUCUGCAGACGGAACAUGCAUUCCUGUGAAUUCAGCAGACCCAAAUCCAAAUGGGGUGGAAUUUGAUAAUUUGUACCUUGAUAUGAACGGCAUAAUACAUCCUUGUACACAUCCUGAGGAUAAGCCAGCUCCCAAGGAUGAAGAUGAAAUGAUGGAGGCCAUUUUUGAGUGUAUCGACAGAUUAUUUCGUAUCGUGAGACCGAGAAAGUUGCUUUACAUGGCGAUUGAUGGGGUCGCACCCAGAGCUAAAAUGAAUCAACAAAGAUCUCGACGAUUUCGUGCGUCUAAAGAGACAAUGGAAAAGAUUGAUGAAAUAGAAAGAAUACGAUCCGAACUGACUCUUAAAGGUGCAUCUUUGCCUCCAGAAAAACCGAAGGAAGCACAUUUCGACAGUAAUUGUAUCACACCGGGCACACCGUUUAUGGCAAGAUUAUCGGCAUGCUUGCAUUACUACAUUCAUGAGCGUUUGAAUAAUGAUCCAGGUUGGAGGAAUAUUCAAGUAAUUUUAAGUGAUGCCAAUGUUCCUGGUGAAGGAGAACAUAAAAUAAUGGAUUUUAUACGACGACAAAGGGCGCAACCCGAUCACGAUCCUAAUACGCAACAUGUUUUAUGUGGAGCGGACGCCGAUUUAAUUAUGUUAGGUCUUGCUACGCACGAACCUAAUUUUACUAUUAUUCGUGAAGAAUUUAAACCGAAUAAGCCAAAGCCAUGUGAUAUAUGUGGCCAGUUAGGGCAUGAAAUGCGUGACUGUACAGGCGCGGAGCCGAACCAGAGACCAGAGGAGAACACGUUCGGAUCCGAAUGUCUGUUCAUAUUUGUACGAUUAAAUGUUCUCAGAGAAUAUUUAGAAAGAGAAUUGUACAUGCCAAAUCUGCCGUUCAAAUAUGAUUUUGAGCGAGCUGUCGAUGAUUGGGUGUUUAUGUGUUUCUUCGUAGGAAAUGAUUUUUUACCUCACCUUCCUUCUCUGGAAAUUAGAGAGGGCGCGAUUGACAGACUUGUUGCUUUGUACAAAAAAGCAGUAUAUAAAACAGGAGGUUUUUUGACAGAUAGCGGCGACGUUAAUUUAGAUCGUGUACAAUUGAUAAUGUCAGAUCUUGGUGAUGUAGAAGAUGAGAUCUUUAAGAAGAGGCAACAAAAUGAAUUGGCUUUUAGACAACGUGAAAAAGACAAAAAGAAAAGAAACGAAAUUAUUAGUAAUUUUAAACCAACGUGGAUUCCUGCGGGUCAAUUUGCACCCAAUGCUCUUGGACAAGGGAUAAAACCUAAAACCAUAGAAGAUGCACGUCAUGAAGCUUUUAAAAUGCGUGUAAUGGGUAGAAAUUAUAAUACAAAUGCUGCCCAAAGUACGAACGCUAAUAGUGCUUUAGAAAGCAUGCUAACACCCGAGAAUACUGGUAAUAGAGGACAAAAGCGUAAACAUGAUGAAUGUAAGCAAGAUAACUCGGACGAUGACCAGGCGCACGACGAGGUGCGACUUUGGGAGGAUGGUUUUAAAGAUCGAUACUAUGAAUCUAAAUUCGAUGUAUCUCCUGAUAAUUUCGCAUUUAGAAACAAUGUUGCUUUACAAUACGUACGAGGUUUAUGUUGGGUCUUGCGAUAUUAUUAUCAAGGCUGUGCAUCUUGGCGAUGGUAUUUUCCAUAUCAUUACGCGCCAUUUGCAAGUGACUUUAUUAAUAUUGGUGGUCUUUCUACAGAAUUUGAGAAGAACACUGUACCAUUUCGACCAUUAGAACAAUUAAUGGGUGUAUUUCCUGCUGCUAGCCGAAAACAUGUACCUGAACCAUGGGCGAAGUUAAUGACGGAUCCCAAAUCUCAGAUCAUUGAUUUUUAUCCAGAAGAUUUUAAAAUCGACUUGAAUGGAAAGAAGUUUGCUUGGCAAGGCGUAGCUUUGCUUCCGUUCGUUGAUGAGAAAAGAUUAUUCAAGGCUUUGGCGCCAUAUUACGACAGUUUAACAGAAGCAGAAAAGAAGAGAAACGUUCGCGGUGACGACAGGCUGUACGUCGGAAUAGGGAACAAGGGUUAUGAUUUCAUAAAAGGUCUAUACACGAAUUGCAUAGGGUUCGAUAAGGAGGUCGAGAUAAGUGUAAACGGAAUGCGUGGUACUGUGCUCCUAUCGGACGACAAUGUGAGCGACGGAGGCACGUUGCCCUCACCCGUGAGAGGUUUGCCAGUUAGGAACAACAAAGUGUACUGUAUCAAGUUCAAGGAUCCUCAGUUUGGUAGCAAUUACACUUUCCUCGCUCGUAAACUAAAGGGCGCCAAAGAACCGCCGCGUGUUCUGAAACCACAAGACUUUGAAGCUAUGAAUCGCAAGAACGGGGGCCAGUGGACGCCGCAGAUCGGCUUCACUCGGUCUACUCAGUCGGCUUCAUUAGGACAGGCAGGGCACAGAAUGCUCGACCAUCAUAUGAACAGCCAUAACAACAGGCAAGCUAAUGCGGCUUAUGCAAAUAUUCCUCCACCAACGAAUUUAUAUCUUCAAUUUCAUGGUUAUCGGAACGAGCACCAAUCGGGGCAGCAAUACGGUUACAAUAGCGCCGGUUCGAGUCAUUCGCGUGGACCAUGGGCAUCCGGUUAUGGUAUGCGCCAGUCGAAUUACCCGCCUUCGGAGUAUCAGUCUCAUCGUAAUCAUUACGAUAGUCAUCGUCAACAUUCCUCGCGGAACAAUGCCAAUUACCAUGCACCGUACGGCUACCACAGUCAACGAGGGAAUUACUCGACUCGAGGAGGAGGAGGAGGUGGAGGAGGAGGAGGAGGAGGAGGAGGAGGUGGUGGUGGUGGAGCAGGAGGAGGUGGAAGAGGCCACCGAGAUGGAUGGCGACGAUCGAUGUAAACGGUCAAGUAAGAAGCCGACUGAUUUUAAGUCGCGUAUCAUGUAAUAGUGUUAAGAAUUAAUUUUACAAUGCAUCAUUACGCAUAAUAUUUGUCUAAUUAAGGUUUAAGAAUCGUUGUCAAAGUACGCGUUCUAAGAGAGUGCGUUAGUUCGAAAGCAGUACAGCAAGACAGGUACUCGGAAUGCUCGGUGAAUUAUUAGUGCAAUAAAUGCGCGAUUAUCAACGUAUCGGUGUUCGAGCACACUGCGUAUUCCGAAUACUGCAACAGAUGUUUUUUUGUCUCAGAGAGACAACCUCACGUAUUUUUAUUUCUAGUUUUGCAGAGGAUGCAGAAAUAAAAUAUCAAUAUAUAUAUACACAGCAAAUGUCUUAAAGAUCACAGGAUCUCUGAUUAUAAAUUUGUAAUUAUAAAUUUGUCGAUAAAUUUUCCACAAAGUUAUAUUAGCGAUUAUCUUUGAAUUUUAAAAUAACAUGCACAGCAAUGAAAAGAAAAUGAAUUUUAUCGAUGCUUUUUCUAUCAAAUUUUUUACUCUGAAACAUUCCAAUUUAUUGGGAAAUUCGUAACUGAGAGGAAACGCGCGCAAAAAAACUGAUAUAGCGUAUAUGUAUUUGCUACACUUGUCGGAAACAAUCCACAGGAUGUGAAAGAAAAUUCAUAUCAGGUCACGUUACACAAAAAAAAAACGUAAGCAAAAUUUACGCGAUCGGUCUAGUGCUCUAAAAAGUGACAGAUUACAUUGUACAAGAAUAUAUUCGAUCCUGAUUAUCUCACUUGACACUGCCUCCUUAUUUGCUACAGACUAGUAAGUUAUGAUUUAUUAAUAAAACUUACUGAUAAAUUAUAUAUAAUAUACAUAAUAAUUCUAAUGUGCACGUUAAUGAUAAUACGCUUAUCAGAUUACUGGUUUCGUUUUCGCGCUUAUAGCUGUAUUGGUGGAAACCUAACUUGUUUGAAGCUGAUGCAAAUAGGAUGUUUUUUUUUUCCAUCGUUUAUUCGAUCACGUUUAUAAUCGAUUGUAGUAGUCAAUAGGAUCCUCGUAUUUGAUUAGAACGAGUACGUUGACGCAUAUAUAAUUUGUGAAUUGCAUAUUAAUGUCUAACGCAGUAAAAUAUUGGUUGAAUUAGGGUUACAAGAGUCAUUGGAUUUCGCAUGCGAAACUGCGGUGUGCAGUAGCGUACGUUAAAUGCAAUGUCAGGGUAUAGCGAUACAUCAAUGUGACACCGAAUGUCCGAAUAGGCAUUUGAAAUUUCUCACUCUGCAUUGAAAUAUAUGAUAUUUCCUUAAUGAA